UAAGUUUAGGGUUAGGUUUGGGGUUAGGGUUAGGGUGGGCUUUAGGGUUUUGGUUGGGGUUACAGUUAAGUUCAGGGUUAGGUUUAUGGUUAGGGUUUGGGUCAAGGUUAAGUUUAGGAUGAGGGUUAGGCUGUGCUCCAAAUCACCCCAUGCUUCAGGCAGGAUGGGUCUCCCCAUCUCCCCUCGGGCCAUGCCCACCCCUGCCCACCGUCGGCAGCUCCCCCACCGCCCCGUCCUUGUCCUUCCAUCCCCUGGAGCCCCCCCUUCUCCCGCCCCAUCUCCCGCAGCACCCAUGGGUGCUCCCCCAGCCUCCUCCCACGUCCCCCUCCCCUCAGAUCCUCACCGGCGGCUCCCCGUUGCUCCCCUAAAAUUUGCCUUUGAGCGUGCUCCGGGGCAGGCGAAGGCAGCCGGGGUGGGUGACGGUGGUGAAGGGGCAAGUAGCGAGGGACGGGCGGCCACCAGGAUGGAGGUCCAAGAAGUCAAGGAGCCACGUGGGGACAAGAGACAGGGGUUGGGUGCUCACCACCCCUCCGAAGACACGGGGAGGCAAAGCAGGAGCUGCUUGGUCGCACAGCCGGAGGGGAAGAGUUUCUCCCCACGGGUUCUUCUCCAGCCCCGGGGUUAAGCCGGACCUCCCCGUGGCCGUGUCUGGAGGCUCAGCUCAGCUCCUCCACCUUCCUCAUGGCGCAGAGCUCAUCUCCAUCCUGGAGGUGUGGGUGGGAAGGGGGUGGGGGGGACUCACAGCGAAAUCCCGUCAUUUCUGCCGGGGCUGGUGCUGCGGUGAUGAAGGCGCCUUCCAAUGACCGCAGGGUAAGAUGGAGCUGGUCGUGGGGGUCCGAAGGUGAUGGACCUUGCUGAGACAACCUCUGAGAAGCUCUCGGGAUGUCCUACACCCCGGCAGAGCCGUAGGCAACUAAAUCCCAGCCCAGAGAGCUUGACCAGAAGCUCUGGCUGACACUGGAGAUGUCCGUGAUGAGGCCAUCGGACUGGAGCCUGGUUCCAUGCGCCAGGUCUGCUUUCGAGCUGCUCGCCCGAGGUCUCUGGGUGGUCCCCGAGGGGAAGGUUGGAGCAUGAGACCCUACAAAUGGUCACCUGUAUCUUGGAGAAGAUUUGUACCCCAGACUCCUUGGUGCGGAUCUUCUCCAGCUCUCUGAAUAUCUGGGGAACCAACUCUGGUGGAGAUACCUCCACAGAGGACUUCUGGACUUAGGGAUGAGCCCUCGCCUCGCACCCUGAGAAGGAAACACAAAAGCCUGUGGGUUUCUACUGGAGACCUGGGUAGCCCAGCCAACCCCCUCGUGGUUUCGGGCGCAUCAUUGCGUUUUUCAGAAUUAGUCUUAAAACGCAACGUUUAACUAUCUCAGACCCACGGAGGGGUCCCGUGCCACCCGAGGAGACCCUAAGAGCCGGGUGCUCUGUGUGAUCAGGCCUUGGGCUGGUGGCCAAGGGUGGGAGGUGGCACCUCCUGGCCGGGCUCUUCGAGGGCAGUCCUGGAGGAGAGCUGCUCGUCCCGUGGCGUGCGGGGAAGGCGACCUUGUGCCGGGAGCUGCGCGCACGCAACCCCUCCCUCCCGCUCUUUGCGGGAGUUUUCAAGCUAAAAGGUCUCAGCCCUUGAGAUCUUCAAGAAAACCAAGGCAAUCCUGUCUGCUGGAGCUGCAGCCUGGGGUGACAGUGUCACCUCCAGACCCCGCGCGGAUGUUUAAUCGUCUUUACGGCGAGCAGACGGUGCUGCACAUCGCCGACCUCUGGAGAAGCGCCAGGAUUCCCCGUUGGCGUGGCCCCACGUGGGAUGCUUCACCUUCGGAGACGUGACGGAGGGAGCCACGUCUCCACCUUCCCACAGGCUGGUUCUUCCAGCUCCGGUGCCAGGCUGAGCUCCUACACGUCCCUAAGCUUCUGCACCAAGGGAACAUGAGAUCUUCAGCCCCUCCUGCCACUUGGGACCUCUGUAAGAGCCAGGCACCGUCCGACCUUGGAUGAUGACACUCAACCCAGCACCUCCACCCACCCCCGUGCCUAUAAGCUAUUUAAGUCCCUCUGUACAAGCCAUGUUGGUGGCCGGCCACCGAGGGAAAAAGCAGACGGGGUCAUCACGGGGCUGAUCAGGCUGUUGCCCCGUGCGUCCGUCCUUCCUGGAAGAGCGAAUGCUCAUCGCUUCAUUGUUUCCAUCGGGUGGGUGGCCUCUUGCUGAAGGUGGAGGAAUAGCUUCUCCUCCCGAAGCCUGGGGAUUGAAAGCGGCAGCAGGAAAAACCAGUUUUAAAGGUAUUAAGGAAUUCCUACAGUUCCAAGACCAUGACAUCAAAGUGCAUCUCCUCUAAUUUCCAACAUCCCUGAUGCCUAGAGACAGCCCUCCAGCUGGAUCGUGAUCCCGGAGCAUGAAGACCCCUGGAGCAGUGUGAGCCAGCCCCUCUGAAGAUCUGCUGAUGGGGUGAAGGAUCCAAGUUCAUCCCAGUGCAGAACAUGUAGGGUGUCCAUCCCCCCCUCCAGAAAGCUCCAGGAGCAGCUACGGUGGGUGCAGAUCCCAGUUGCAAUCGGUGCCUCUGCGCGCGGGAGAAUCCAGCACGCUCCCCCCCAGCUAAGGCGGCACAACCCUUCAAGCGGUGGAGAGGUGGAGAACGAGAAGAUGCUUUGUGCUUGACACAGGAUCGAGCGCUCGCAGGGAAAUUCAGCCCGAAGAGGGGAAGAUCCCCAAAUCAGUCCUCGCGCCAGGCUACACCUCGCCACGCUCGUCUUCUGCUCACGUAAAGCAGCCCCUCUUGCUCUUACGGUUGGUCCUCAUGGAUGUAUCGGAGUAACUCCGUUACCUACAAAGUCCUGGCACCAACCGUCACAGAGACACCAACGGUUUGGCUAAAGAUGACCAUGGUGGGGUUUAAAAGACGUGUAGACAUGGCGCUUAGGGACCUGGUUUAGUGGUGGGCUUGGCAGUGGUAGGUUAACGGUUGGACUCGAUGAUCUUAAGGGUCUUUUCCAACCUCUUGUGAUUCUGUGAUUCUCUGCCGUUCUUGGCUUGGCCAUCGCGCAUCAGCAUGGGCCAGGACUGAGUUUAAUAUAAACCGACACGUCAGUGACAUUGCUGACGACUUCUCAGCUGUGCCAGGACAGAAACUCUGAAGGUGCAUGAGAUAUUGCUGGGCAAAGAAACGGUUUGGUAGAUCUCAGGCGUGCACAUUGAUUUCCACGUUGUUUCCUGUGGGAGACAGAUAGAAAGCAAAAAUUUAAGUCUGAUGUAAGUGCUGUUUUCUCCACGGGAGACUGAGCUGCCGGUUAAAAUGUUGUACUCUUCUCCAACAAAUCACAAAUGCAAAGGGACAACCAAAGCACCCCGAGAGGGUUCAUUCUGACCGGGUUUUCCCACUUCCCCGAGCUCCAGGUUGUGUUGUUUGUGCUAUUUCUCCUCAUGCACGUGGUGACCCUGGCUGGAAAUAUGGUGAUAAUGGUUGUUAUCGGGGCGGAUCGGGGUCUGCACGUGCCCAUGUAUCUCUUCCUAGGUGCCCUGUCCUUCUCGGAGCUCUGUUACACCUUCUCCAUCACCCCAAAGAUGCUGUCUGGGUUAGUGCCGGGAACUCGAGCCAUUUCUUUCCUGGGCUGUGCCGCACAAACGCAUUUCUCCUUCACCUUUGGCUUCAUGCACUCUUUCCUCCUGACGGUGAUGGGCUACGACCGGUACGUGGCCAUCUGCCACCCCUUGCGUUACAGCAGCCUGAUGACCUCCCGUGUCUGUGUCCAGCUGGUGGUUGCCUCAUGGGUGGGUGGGGGUCUCCUGGGGCUGCUGGUGACUUGCGCUGUCUUCCAGUUACCCUUCUGCCAGUCCCACCGGAUCGACCAUUUCUUCUGCCACGUGCCCCCCCUGCUCCAGCUGGCUUGUGCUGGUGGCGAGGUGGUUGCCACCAUAGUCAACGUCCUUUGCAUGACUACCUUGUUGGGUUGCUGUCUGUUCAUCCUUCUCUCCUACGCCUUCAUCCUUGGCCGCAUCCUGCAGAUGCCCUCAGCGGAGGGGAGGCACAAAACCUUCUCCACCUGCGCCUCCCACGUCGCCGUAGUGGUGGUGCAUUACGGCUGUGCCUCCGUUAUCUACCUGCAAUGCAAAUCGCCCCACGCUGCGGGAACGAAUGCUCUCAUUGAUGUGUCCUACACGGUCUUCACCCCCUUCCUCAGCCCCAUCAUCUUCAGUCUGAGAAGCAAAGAGUUAAAGAAUGCCCUUUGGAAAUCCCUGAGGAAAAGCUUUGUCAUCACGAAUGCAAAUUUUUGGCUAGGCUCUAGUCUGAGCUGCAGGAGCACUUGUCGCUAAUUUUUCCUGUUUUCCUUUGCUGGUACCUUGCUGCUUUCCAAACAAUAGCCGUUCUUUUUCCAGGGAAAUGACUCAUUUCCCUGGCUCUGACAACUUUUACGCUCCUUGGGUAUGGCAGGCCUUGCUUGGCUGGAGUGUUUUGGUUUAACUUUUAGUGCCGCACACUCAGCACCAUGCAGAAGCAAGAGUGAUGGCAGCUCCAGUGCCCUUGAACUGGAGACAUGGGCAACUCCUCGAGGAGCAGAGGGUGAAUCGGUCUGAGACCUGGCACAGAAGACUGUUUUCCCCGCUGUAGGGACAUGGACUGGUCUUCUAAGCAUGACUUUGCCUCCUCCGUUGAUGAAUUUGGGGCUGGUCUGAGAAGGUCUCGGAUCGAUUCCCUUUUGGUUUGUUCCUCAUUUGACAAAUUGCAAACUCAAACCCACUUGGGGACAAACACAACUUACUGCUCUGCUGUUUGAAAGUCCCACUUGUCUAAGGCAAUUAAAGGUGGCUUUAAAAA